AGGACCACCCAUCUUCAAUUUUGAAUAUGGGCAGGCUGGUGACAUGAACUUCCUCCAGCAGUAAUAAUGAAUCUGCAAAUUGGCAAUCACUUCCAGUAAUCAAUCGGCCUACAAGCUUGGGGUACUUUCUCUUAAUUUUAAAGAAAAUCUAAACAGAGAAAUCUCUAAACCCUGCUUUGUUUUCACGGAGAAGUUUCAAAUGAAACGUCUGUAACUCUAAAUGAAUAAACACAAUACUUUCAAUUACUUACAGAUUGCUUACUUUGUGGAAGUAGGAACACCAAGAAUGAUACUAUAUCGCAGGCAAGCAAUUUUCUAUCCACGUUAUUUAUGGCUACUCUGCAAUUUCAACCAUGGCAUUGAUUCCAUCCUUACCAUUACCCUUAAACAUUCUAACAACACAUGUUACUUCCCUAAAAUUUAUCACCAUCAUAAUAAAAUCAAUAGCUAAACAACUAAGCACAAUGAACUCAACUGCCAAAAUGUAUCACUACAGUAUCCGAACACUUUGCAGAGAGAGUCGAUUGGAGGAGGCCAUGUCCAUCUUGCGUGAUCUGGAUAAGGGCAGGAGUCCAGUGGACUCCAACAUGUAUUCAUGUCUGUUGCAGGCGUCCACCAUAGCCAAAUCCCUAACAGAAGGUAAGACUCUACAUGCCCACAUGCUCUUAACUGGAUUUCAGAUAAAUAACGACUCUGUAAACACUAAACUUCUGAGCAUGUAUUCAAACUGCGGUAGUUUCAACGAUACACGCCAACUGUUUGACAAAAUGCAUUCACCUCAUAUUGUGCCAUGGAAUGUUAUAAUAAGGUGUUGUGUUAUUCAUGGGUUCUGCAAUGAUGCCCUUAUACUCUAUUACCAAAUGCAGAGGACAGAGGUCUGCCCGGACAGGUUUACAUUCCCCCUCGUUCUCAAGGCGUGCGCAAGCUUGGGUUAUCUUUCCCAAGGUAAGAUAGUUCAUGACUGUGUUGUGAAGUACGGGUUGGAGUUUGAUGAUUUUGUGGGGACUGGUCUCAUAGACAUGUAUGCGAAAUGUGGCGCACUUGAGGAUGCACGUCAAGUGUUUGACAAAAUGUAUCAAAGAGAUGUGGUUUCUUGGACUUCUCUGAUUGGAGGGCAUCUGCAGAACCGGCAGGUUAAUGAGGUCAUGAAUCUUUUUCAGCUUAUGCAGUUUGCAGGUGUGAAACCCAAUUCGAUUACUAUUGUCAGCAUUCUUCGAGCAUGUGCUCACUUAGCGAAUCUGCAGAAGGGAAAAGAAAUUCAUGGUUAUGUUCUUAAAAGAGGUUUUCAAGUAGAUGUUUAUGUAGUCAGCUCCCUCAUUGACAUGUACACAAAAUGUAAUGCCCUGGACUAUGCAGUUUGCGUGUUUGACAAAAUGCCUCAGAAAAAUGUGGUUUCAUGGAAUUCAAUGAUUGCUGGUUUUGUUAAUAUUGGAAAAUGUAACUGUGCGUAUGAGUUGUUUCAUCGAAUGCAAAGUACAGGUGUUAAAUCCAAUUUAGUUACAUGGAAUACAAUGAUCGCAGGAUAUGCCCAGAAUGGGCUUCCAAAUGAAGCCAUAAAACAUCUUUAUCAAAUGCAGCUAGCUGGAGUUGAACCAGACUCGAUUACCGUUGCAAGUGUGCUGCCGGCAUGUGUUGCCUUGUCAGCUCUACAACAGGGUAGGGAAAUCCAUGCUAAAAUAAUCAGAAAUGGAUUUAACUCGAGUGUUUUUGUGGGGAGUGCCCUGCUAGAUAUGUAUUGCAAGUGUGGAAACAUAGAGAAUGCUCGAAGAGUGUUUGAUAACAUGUUAGAAAGAGAUGCAGUUUCCUGGAAUGCAAUGUUGGUGGGGUAUGGAGUGCAUGGUCAUGGUGAGGAGGUCAUGGCACUUUUUGAACAAAUGUUACAGGAAGGCGUGCAGCCAGAUCAGAUCACCUUCAUUGCCAUCCUGUCUGCAUGCAGCCAUUCAGGACUCGUAGCUGAAGGAAUGCAGUUCUUUGACCACAUGAUUAAUGAUUUUCAUGUUGUCCCCAGAAUGGAGCACUAUGCAUCAAUGGUCGACCUUCUUGGUCGUGCUGGCUGCUUGGAAAAGGCCGAAGACUUCAUUAAAAACAUGCCAAUAAAACCAAGUGUUGAAGUGUGGGCAGUCUUACUUAAUGCAUGCAGGGUUCAUCAAAAUAUUGGUUUAGGAGAACGUGUAGCAGAAUACAUUUUUGGAUUGGAGCCUGAAAACAUUGGAUACUAUGUACUACUAUCAAAUAUAUAUGCUGAGGCUGGUAGGUGGGAUGAUGUAGCAAAAGUGAGGGCAAAGAUGAAAAGCAGAGGAUUGCAAAAAAGUCCAGGAUGCAGCUGGAUUGAAGUUAAUAACCAAGUGUAGAAGGACCCGAUCCGCUAUCGGAGGAAUACAACCAUGUUGGAAAGAUGGAAUAACCAGGUGGACACAAGGUAUGUUCCUGAAACAGAUACUGCCCUCCUUACUGAGGAGGAUGAUAAAGAUUAUAUCCUUAUGGCAAAUUUGGCCUUCAUUGUAUUCUAAUCAUACAUAAAUGUUAAAUCUAUCUUAAAGGGUUUUUUAAAACACACUUAUCCAAUACAAUC